UAUUUCUAUGGCCUUUGGGCCUCUCGGCUCCUUCUCCCUUCUCUCCCGUCACCUACAAUCCCUCGCCCCUCUCCUACGCCUCCCCUCCCCGCCCAGCCCCCACCACCUCGCCACCUACUGCCUCGCCGGCCUCCAUUGGAUAUCCGGUGCCGCCGGUCAGGGGAGCGCCCCCUCUCGCCUCCGUCCCUCCGCAGUUGCAGCCGUCGCCGGAGCCCUGGCGCAGAAGAUCGGAAAGGCCGUACGCCGCCCCGGUGCCCCGUCCCGGGCCCGGGUCUACGCCGACAUCAACGUCCACCGCCCCAAAGAUUACUGGGAUUACGAAUCGCUCACCGUCCAAUGGGGGGAACAAGAUGAUUAUGAGGUUGUUCGGAAGGUUGGAAGGGGAAAGUACAGCGAGGUUUUCGAGGGAGUGCAUGCCACAAACAACGAGAAGUGCAUUAUUAAGAUUCUAAAGCCAGUAAAGAAGAAAAAGAUUAAGAGAGAAAUAAAGAUACUGCAAAACCUUUGUGGUGGACCCAACAUUAUCAAAUUACUUGAUAUUGUCAGAGAUCAGCAAUCAAAGACUCCUAGUCUGAUUUUUGAAUAUGUUAACAAUACUGACUUUAAAGUUCUUUAUCCAACUUUAUCGGACUACGACAUUCGAUACUACAUUUACGAACUAUUAAAGGCACUAGAUUAUUGCCACUCUCAAGGCAUCAUGCAUCGAGAUGUGAAACCGCACAAUGUUAUGAUAGAUCAUCAACAUCGCAAGCUUCGACUUAUUGACUGGGGUCUGGCUGAGUUUUAUCAUCCAGGAAAAGAAUACAAUGUUAGAGUUGCCUCGAGGUACUUUAAAGGCCCAGAGCUCCUAGUUGACUUGCAAGAUUAUGAUUAUUCGCUAGAUAUGUGGAGCCUUGGUUGUAUGUUUGCUGGGAUGAUAUUCCGAAAGGAGCCUUUUUUUUAUGGACAUGAUAACUAUGAUCAAUUGGUCAAAAUAGCAAAGGUGCUUGGUACAGAUGGGUUGAACACUUAUCUCAACAAAUAUCGACUGGAGCUUGAUCCACAACUCGAAGCACUCGUUGGAAGGCAUAGCAGGAAACCGUGGACAAGAUUUAUAAAUGGUGAUAACCAGCAUCUGGCAGUUCCGGAGGCUGUUGACUUUGUCGACAAGCUGCUUCAGUAUGAUCACCAGGACAGGCCAACAGCAAAAGAAGCCAUGGCCCAUGCUUACUUCAUUCCCGUGAGAAAUGCAGAAAGCAGCAGCAGGGCUCGUACUUGAAGUUCCAUGUGAUGAAUCCCCAAGUCCUGUUUCUGUUUCUUUGCUUGCCACGUCGAUUGUGUUAUGCAUUUGUGUGUGUUUGUGUGUAUUAGGUGAAACUGUUGGAAUAUCGUUUGACAUGAAGACAACAACAGUUCAGCUUGAGAAUUUUAGCCAUA